AUGCGCCACUCGGCUGCGCAGCGCUUCACGGUCGUGGGCCGCAACUUGUUUCAUGCGGCGGGCGCCACGUCGCUGGGCGAAGGCGCCGAGCUCUGGUUCGGCUACUUCCAGAGCUUGCGCGCGACGCAGAACCGACUGGUGGUGAACCUCGACUUGGCGGCCACGGCGUUCGUCGAGGCCAUGGACGUGCUCUCGUACUUGAGCGAGACGCUGGCGCUGCGGCAGCUGCCGACGACGCUGGCCAAGCACCAGCACGCGGCGUUCAGCAAAGCGGUUCGCGGCGUCAAGGUGCACGUCACGCACCGGCCAGGCGUCCAGCGGAGCUACCGCGUCAACGGCUUGUCGAGAGACGCGGCCGAUCGCACGUUUUUCGAGACGGACGACGGCCAGCGCGUGUCGAUCGCCCAGUACUUUGAGCAGACGUACAAGCUGCGGCUGCGGUACCCGAAGCUGCCGUGUCUGCACGUGGGCGCGCCGCAGAAGAAGAACUACCUGCCCAUGGAGGUGUGCCGCAUUCUAGCGGGCCAGAAGUGUCCGCGCAAGCCGACGGACAAGCAGGUGGCCAACAUGAUUCGCUUCACGUGCACGCCGCCGGACAAGCGCAAGCGCGCGAUCGAGCAGAAGCUGCGCGAGGCGGGCUUUAGCACGGACCCGACGCUGCGCGCGUUUGGCCUGCAAGUGGACCCCAACAUGGUCAAGACGACGGGACGGCAGCUGCCGCCGCCCACGAUCGAGUACAGCGGCGGGGCGCGCGAGAACCCGCGCGAUGGCGCGUGGAAGAUGCGCGGCAAACGCUUCAACACGCCUGCGCAGUGCACGUCGUGGGCGGUCAUCAGCAUGUGCGACCCCAGGCGCUGCAGUCUCGGGGACAUUCAGAAGUUUUUCAAGGCCGUGAUUGCUCAGAUGGGUCAGCUGGGCAUGCGUUGUCCGCCGGCGCUGCCGCCAAUACUGUUGAAACAGCGGCGAGAGGAUGCAGUUCGUGGCAUGUUCCAAGCUGCCGUGAAAGCGGCGACCCAAACGUUCAAGACGGCGCCCCAGAUCGUGUGGAUGAUCAACCCCGUGUCGGAUGCGCACGCGUAUGGCGAGUUGAAACUCAUGUCGGACACGGAAGCGGGACUGGGCAUCGUGUCGCAGUGCAUGUUGGCCAAGCACAUUCCAAAGUGCAGUCCGCAGUACAUUGCCAACAUCUUGAUGAAGGUGAACACGAAGCUGGGCGGGCUGAACGGCGUCAUUAGUGGGCCACUGCCGCGUGUGUCGGCGUCUCGCACCAUCAUCUUUGGCGCCGACGUGACGCACCCCAGUCCAAUGGAUAAGACGCGUCCAUCGAUCGCGGCAGUGACGGCGUCAAUGGACACGCACUUUGUGCGUCACGCAUCGGCGAUUCGCGCGCAAGGUCACCGCGUGGAGCAGAUUGAGAACCUGAAGGACAUGGCGAUGGAGCUGCUGAAACAGUUUUACCGUCAGACGCACGGCAAACCGGAUCGCAUCGUGUUCUACCGUGACGGUGUGAGCGAGGGACAGUUCCACAUGGUCCUGAAUCAUGAAGUGACGGCGAUCCGGGAGGCGUGCCAGGCGCUCGAGGUGGGCUACAUGCCGCCGAUCACGUUUGUCAUUGUCCAGAAGCGGCACAACACGCGCUUAUUUCCUGACAGUGCGAAGGAUGCUGACCGAAGUGGCAACGUCAAGGCCGGGACCGUUGUGGAGACGGGCAUUUGCCACCCGAUCGAGAACGAUUUCUACCUGAUGAGCCACGCUGGGCUGCAAGGGACCAGUCGCCCUACGCACUACCACGUGCUUUUGAAUGAGAUUGGGUUCACGGCGGACGAGCUGCAGACACUGACGUACAAGUUGUGCUAUACGUUCGCGCGUUGCACUCGUUCCGUGUCGAUGGUGCCGUCCGCGUACUACUCGCAUCUGGUCGCGUUCCGCGCUCGCUUCUUCUUGGUGGACAGCAGCGACUCUGGAUCGAUUGUCUCUGGCUUCAGCGAGACUGCGCCGGAGACGGACAUGCGCAUGUACGACGUGCAUCCUGCGAUGAAAGGCGCGAUGUACUUUGUGUAG